UUAUUGUUUGUUUUUUGUACAGACUUUUAUUUUAAAACCUUGUAUUCUGUUUAAUUUUGUUUUGUCAGGCGAGCUCAUCAGGGUGGAGUACCUGUGCUCGCAGCAGUCCUGGGAGUUCCGGGAGAACUUUGGUCGGGACCCUGACGCCCCAGACGGAAUCCCAGACAACUUGGUGGAGGCAGAAGAUGAGGGAUUUGUGGAUGAGAAAGAGGAGCAGGACCACACCAUCUCUCCUCUUUCUCUGAUGUCCACCAAGGACGCGAUACGCUUGUCUCGGGACGUUCCAUCAUCCUCUCGGUCCUCCCAGGACCUGCUAUCUGAGCCCCAAGAAGAGGUGUGCAGAGGACCAGACGGGGCUCCAGGGUUCGAUCGAGUGGUGGAGCUGGCCAGGUACCUCGUCGAGCUCAGAGAAAAGCCUUGUGUCUCGGAUAGGGAAGCAGCUGACAUCUUCCGGCUGUGGGAUAGGCUGCCGGACAGUGACAAACAGGGGGUUUCCUAUCCGCCGAGGCACAAGGACAGGCUUCUGCAAGGCAGGUUCAAGGCCACCCACUCCAAAACCUCAACCUGCCAUGGAAAGGAGAGCCUGAAGCGGUGUGUGCUAGGGCAGGGAUCAGGCCCUGCGCAAUGGCCCAACAUCAGCAGGAUUGUAGAGGCAGUAUGUCUGGAGCUCUGCUCCAUUCAUCCAGCGGGGAAGGUGAAAUGGGGUGUUUCCAUGAACCGCUGGGCUGCCAUUCUACAUGACUACCAGGCCAUACGGAGGCUGGUGGGGAACUGCCCUGCACUGAGGGGAAGGACCAGGAUUCAGCUGUUCGAGAUCAAUCAGCGGACGCUUUCUGUCUGGUACAAUGACUAUAGAAAGAAGCUGGAAGUGGAUGUGCUGACUCUGAGUGUGCCCUUACCUCAGAUCAGCAUGGUGUCUCACACCCCGCUUCCAGUAGCCAAACAGAAGACGUUUGUGCCCGCUGAGCCUGGGACAGGACUUCCACCCUUCCCCUUCGUCGUAAACCCUGACAUGUCAGGUCAGGCCAUACGACGUGGGCAGCGAAGUCCUCACCCUGCACCAACACCACCAGCAGCUGCUCUCUCUGCUCCACCACCAGCCACUCGCUCUGCUCCUCCAGCAGCCGCGCUCUCUGCUCCUCCGACAGCUGCCCUCCCAGCUCCGGGUGUUGCUCCUGGAACAUCCUUGAGCAGAACAACUCUGUGGAGGAAGAGGAAGGCAGCAGAGGUUUUGGCCCAAGUGCAAGGGCUGCCGUGUCCCCGAACUCCAAGAAAAGAAUACACAUGCAGUCGGUGUGGGCAGCCAAGAAAAAAAGAGUUUGGGCACACCAGGGUGGGCAGCCUCUUCUUCUGUGCCACAGCGGAGGGAAAGACUGUGGAAGAGUGGCUGCAAGAGAGGGAAAAUCCUUCGCAGUAAAUGUAGUUACAUGUAAUGUAAUGAUGAAAUUGUAUUAUUAUAUUGUAUAUAUUUUGUAAAUAUUUUUUACUUGUUUUCUUUUACAGAACAUUUAUUUGCCUUCAAUGAAGCUCAUGUAAACAGUCAUGUUAAUGGUUGUUAUUUAAAAUGAUGUUCUUUAUUUUAGAACGUUAAUUUGCCUUCAGAAAGUUCAUGUAAACAGCCAUUAAAUGGUUAUUUAAAAUGAUUGUUCUUUAUAUUAGAACAUUUAUUUGCCUUCAUAAACCUCAAGUAAGCAGUCAUGUAAUGGAUUUUUUAUUUAAAAUGAUUGUUAAUUGUCUUACCUGUUUCUUUUAUUGUA